ACCCCCCUUUUUUUAAUCUCCCGCUUGUGUUCACGAGUAGCUUUUAAAUAAAGUUUUUUUAAUCCGAAGCAGCGCCUGCGCAGUGCGGGGGUAGGAGCGGUCGGAGGGAGCGCACAGCCAGAGGCCUGGAGCCAUGCCCAAGAAUAAAGGUAAGGGAGGUAAGAACAGGCGACGUGGUAAGAAUGAAAAUGAGUCUGAGAAACGUGAGCUGGUCUUCAAAGAGGAUGGCCAAGAAUAUGCUCAGGUGAUAAAGAUGCUGGGAAAUGGCCGUUUGGAAGCCAUGUGUUUUGAUGGUGCGAAGCGGCUUUGCCAUAUUCGAGGGAAGCUGAGAAAGAAGGUUUGGAUAAAUACAUCAGACAUUAUAUUGGUUGGGUUGAGAGAUUACCAGGAUAACAAGGCUGAUGUCAUCCUGAAAUACAAUGCGGAUGAAGCCAGAAGUUUGAAAGCUUAUGGUGAACUUCCAGAACAUGCCAAAAUCAAUGAGACUGAUACCUUUGGGCCUGGUGAUGAUGAUGAAAUCCAGUUUGAUGAUAUCGGGGAUGAUGAUGAAGAUAUUGAUGAUAUCUAAAUUGGGAUUGAAUUUGGAUUCCAACAUUGUACCAAGCUUCCUUUUUGAAGUGAAUUUUUUUUUGGAUUUGACAUGAGCAUUUUUUUGUGUGGAUGAGUUGACUUGUUAAUGCCUAAUGUAUCUUAAAUUCAUUCUGCAGCAAUUUGUUUAAAAAUCUAUGUUCUAGUGUAUUUAUAUUCUUCAUUCAAAAGUACAUUAAAGGUUUUGGUGUGAAGAGUUUGUUAGGAAGUGCAACCCUUUCCAAUAAAAUGUCAAAUCUCAUGGA